AUGCCUGACCAUCUUGGAGCUGACAUGCGAAAGCAGAAGAAGGAUGUUGAUGCAGAAGAUGACAAACCAUUCCAAGACGUUGAUGAAGGUGAUAUAGCAGUGUUGAAGCGUUAUGGACAGGGACCGUACGCCGAACAACUUAAACAACUGGAAACUGACAUUGAAGAAUGUGUGAAAAAGGUUUGUAGCACGUAUUGUUGUUGUUCG